AUGACAGCACUGCUUUUAGAACUGAUGGUACCUACUGGCAAAACAAGUCGUUUGAAUCACAUUGUACGGUGUAUGUGUCUGCUGCUCGUCUUUGUUGUACUGUAUACCUUUACUUGCAUCAAUGCUAUCAAGAACCUCACAGCGCCCCCUCCACCAGCAUCGCCACAUAUGCCAGUAUCAUUACCUGAGCCAUCAUCAAAGAGCCCCACAUCAAAAACAACAACAACAACCAAACAAACAGCCAGUAAAAUCAACAAUGCACCCGCAAAAACACCUAUGCGUUCGACUGCAGAUUUGGCUACAGUUCACGGUAAACAGGUGGAGCCAAUAGCGGCCAACGACAACAGCAACCAAAGCGCCAACCAUGCCCAUGUUACUCCUUCUGAUCCGCCUCCCCCUCCUUCUUCCGCCAUGAAUGACGCUGGUAAAGACCAAUUGACUCAAUUAAUCAAUAAUGAUACUAUCAUCAAGAAACAAGAUCCCACAGCUACUCAGGUGAUACCAAUGAAAGCCAAAGAAGAACAUGUAGAUGUUGCUGAAAAGGAUCAAGUAGCACAACCUGCUAUUCCUGUUCAAACACCGGAAGCAUUUCAUCCGCAACAACCCUCAGCCACUACUACAACACAGGUGGAUCAAGCAGCAGCAGCAUCUGAUAAGCAUUCGAAAAAGGAGCAGUACUAUGAGGAAAUCAAUAGAAAAGGGAAUGAUCUUAUGGCAUUUUCUGAUAACUUGCAGCGUAUCUUUGAUGAGCCACCCACACCUUCCCCCGAUCACCAUGGUCGACCUUUCUCCAUGAUACAGCCUAGCAGCACUUACUUGGAUGAGGCCAUUUCAACCACGCCUGCCUUGACUCCACCCAACCAAUCCUCUGCUGCUGGUUCAACAUUGUCUCGUAAAAGCAGUAUGGCAAGCCAAGAUUCCGUGCUCAAGAGUAAAUUGCAUCAAGCAUUUCAAAAGAUUACUCGAUCCAGCACUAUUAAUGUCACCCACAACAACAACAACAACAACAACAACAACAACAACAACAAACAACAACACAAUGAUGAUAUCACUGCCGUGGCCCCAGAGCCCUCUAAAAGCAAACGAUUCAGCUCUAUUCGAUUCAGUAAAAGAAAGGUGCCCAAAGAGCAGAAGGCGGAAGCUGCAGAGGUGAACAGCCCCAUCCAUGAUGCGCCUACACCCAGGAAAUCCACUUCUACCACCAAGAACAUUGUAAAGAAAGUGUUUAACCGAACAAGCAGAAUGCUUUCUAAACAACCAUUGUAA